UCACGCUGUCCAGGCAAAGACAUGGAGAUUUAAUUAUUACUGCUUACUAGAAAGUUGGAAUUAAGCUUGAAGGGUCUCUUCUCUGCCCAAGGAUUCUCGUCAACCAGCCGCGCCACCGGCAUCAUCGCCCCCCACAACUACCACCGCCGGCGGCAGCCAUUACCCCCAGGAAAUGCGGGAAGAGAGCGGCCUUCCUUUUUUCUGUUUUUCUUUUUUGAAAAACUGAAUUUGCGCCCAUUUCAAAAUUUCAAACCCCAUUUGACAAUUGUCCCUCAACUCUCAUUUUCAUCAGACCAAGAGAACUGUAAUACAAAGAAAUUUUUUGAAAAAAGAGAACAAAGCAAAACGGGGUUAUGGCCCAACUGCAAAAGCAAGACGAGCCUGCAAAUGCAAUCAUCCAAACCCACCAGGCCCACCAGUUGCAGGAAAAGGAGGAAGAAGGUCAGAAAGAGUCUGACCGCGGAUUUGAGGAAUCAGAGGCCCCUUUGCCCCUUACCGUCACUUCUCGGUUAUUGUACAUGUUGGGUGACAUCACGGCGGGUCCUGCAUAUCGAUUCACUCAAUGGUUGGAAUUGGCUCGUAAACGCAAUGGGAGAUAUCGCUCCUUCGGCUUCCAGCACCGCCCUCCUAUAAAAUCAUCCAAUGAUACUAUGGCUAUGAGUGCAGGAGAAUCUACUGUUGAUUCAAAAAAUUCUCUGCCUUCUGAGCAAGCUACUGAAAUCAGUUUGUGGGAAAGAUUUGGUAAGGCUGCUAUGCUGGACAUUGAGUCUAAUUCUUUUUCUUGGGACAUGCUUUCUUCUCUUCACCGUACUGAACAUAGCAGCAGCACUGAUCAUUCUGAAGAUGAACUGAAUAAAGCACUUGAGGUCACUGUGAACUCUGGAGGAGUUGUCUUCUUUGCCCUAUUCAAUCAAUCUGAGGGUGAUGAUUCUUUUCCAAAGGAAGCAGCAGUUGUUAUAAAAAUAUCCUCUUCAAGGAUGGCCACUCAAUCAGAGCGUCUUGGCUAUGAAUUUGCAAAGUGGCUUGGAGUUCGAACUCCGCAGGCCAGAGUCAUUCACAAUACUAGCCCAGAGUGGUUUCAGAUUAAGGAAGCUGCAGAGAAAGUAAGAGAUGUGGCAGUUGCAGAAGGAGAUGAAGUUGGUGAAAUGACGUGCUCAGAGCUUUUGGAAGCUCUUGAACUUAGCCGGUGCCUCUUUCUGAUGAAUUAUGUACAUGGAUCUCCUCUAUUGGAAAGCUCAAAUGCAUUUGAUUCACGGGAAGCUGCUGAAAAGACUGCUGCAUCCCUUGGAAGGAUCUUGAUGCUGGAUCUUGUCAUCCGAAAUGAAGAUAGACUCCCUUGUCGUCAGCUCAGAUGGCGUGGAAACGCUGCAAAUUUGUUGUUAGCUGACAAAAUGGCUUCAGCAAAUGUGGAUGCACUGGAGGAGGCAUUUGAUUCUGCAAUGAAGAGAUACAGACCAAGAGUUAUUAGGGCUCUUCAGAAGGAAAGAAGGGCAACUUCUGUUGAUAGUAGAUUGAGAGCUCAUGAUCCCAGUUUGGCAUCCCAAGUCUCUGACCUUUCAGAUGUAACGGAAACACCAAAAUCCAGCAACAUGAGCCCAAAAAGCCAGACAUCAAAUGAGUUGAUAUUAUCUGAUUUUGACAUUGUGGCAAUUGACUCUGGUGUUCCACGUAGACCACCUGCUGGAAAACGUGCAAAUGAUCAGGCGAAUUAUCCUAAGCUGGUUGAGCUUCUUCUCAACAGUUCAGAGUACUCCUCUAAUCUGUUACAUGACAUAACAGGAGGGAAGUUGGGGUAUCCAUCAGACGAUGCUGAUACAAUGACUGAUGUACGCUCGACUGAAAUGGCUUCUGUUGUUCUAGAAUUUCGCAACGGGUUUCGUGCUGCUUUAAGGGACCUGCAGGGAUUCCAUAUAUUCUUACUCACACUUCACCAAAAACUUGAUAGCGUGUUGCGCACAUUUCUAAGAAUUAUAAAUCGAACUUCCUCCGGAGACUUUGACAAGGAAGAUUUGCUGUUUCCUGAAUCACCAUCACAGAUGACUGGGGGUGGUGUUUACUGCCCCUCUCCUCCAAGCAGGGAAAGGGUCAUGAAUGACAGUCAUCCAGAUAUCAGUGAUCCAGAGUCACAAAGAACAGCUUCUAGACAGUCAUAUUCAGGAAACAAAGAAGGUUCGGACUCUAGUUCUCCAAUCUCACGAGAAGGUUGGCAUGGAAAGUUUAACAAAGGCAAUGGGGACCCACUUCGUAGUCUGCGCUUGACAACAAAGCUCCGUGAUUUCCACAAAUUUGCGAAGGUUGAUGCAGAAUCAAACAAAGAUUUGGAGCAAUGGAAUGAAAUGCUAAGAAACGAGGCAGUUAAAUUAUGCCAGGAGAACAACUUCAAUACUGGAUUUUUUGAGUGUACUGAUAAUAACAGUGUUGUUGAUGCCUAUGAAUUGAAGGUCAGACUCGAGCACACUCUUGAGAGGAUAGCACUGAUAUCUGAUGCUGCAAAUACUGAGAAGCCAUCUUCAAUUACAAGUAGCCUAUUCAUUGGAGGGGCACUGGCUGCAAGAUCUGUAUACACACUGCAACAUCUGGGGAUUACACAUAUAUUGUGCUUGUGCUCCAAUGAAAUUGGACAGUCAGACUCCCAGUAUCCUAAUCUAUUUGAGUACAGAAAUUUUUCUAUAUGCGACAAUGAAGACACGAACAUCGGCAAUAUCUUUGAAGAAGCUUCUGAUUUUAUUGAUCACGUGGAAAGAAGAGGAGGGAGGGUUUUGGUUCAUUGCUUUGAGGGAAGAAGUAGAAGUGCAACAUUGGUUAUAGCUUACUUGAUGCUGAGAAAGGGAAAAAAGGCUCCACGGAAUUUCUCCUUCUGAUGCAGGAACUUCACUCUGUUAGAAGCAUGGAAUGCCCUGAAACAAGUUCACCGACGAGCACAGCCCAAUGAUGGGUUUGCCAGGAUUCUUCAAGACCUAGAUCGGAAACUGCAUGGGAAAGUUUCCAUGGAGUGGCAACAGAGGAAACCGUCGAUGAAAGUGUGCCCUAUCUGUGGAAAAAAUGCUGGGUUGAGCAGUAGCUCACUCAAGCUUCAUUUGCAGAAAUCACAUAAGAAGCUGUCAUCAGGUAGUGUGGACAGUGCCAUGACAAUGGAAAUUCAGAAGGCUUUAAGUGCACUCAAAAUGAGCAGAGGUGGGAGUGUGAGCCCAAAACAGAGGCAGUCUCAUUUGGUGGACAAGUAGCGACAUUGAACCCUUUGGUUGAUGAGUCAUAUCGAAACUCUACAAUUUUACUAUGCCAAGGAAAGUGUGCAUUUGUUUGCCUCUCCGUAGAUUUUGCAUGGACUGAGGUUCAUGAGACAACUGCAUAGAUAACAGGGUGUGUGCCUGAGAAUUCUUUCCACUGAGCACAGCAGCAUAUGGGAAGGGUUAUGCUUCAAGUCAUACCGUUGAGAGUUUGCCUUGUAAAUGCCCCAUUAAGUAGCAAAAAAGAGUUGUUGAGCGAGCCUGCCUCUCUCUCUCUCUCUCUCUCUGCGCCAACGGAUUGUGACUGCUGACAAAAAGCAAAGGUUACUGAUCAAGAUAUUAGUUGUAUGUUUGGUACGUAGAAGUGAAAGGGAAUCAGUAGGAAUGGAAAAUAAUUUAUUAUAUGAUUUUUCAUGUUUUCUGUUCAAAUUUUCACUCCAUUUCUUGUCACGAUCCAUUUUGUAAAGAUUAUUUCUAAUUAAGUACAUUCUAAAGGAAAAACAAUAGGGGUAUUCAAACCAUUCAUUCA